CGCCUCCUUCACGUUUAAAACCCUCUCCAACCCCUUCUUUUAUUCAUCUGCUCCUUUCUCUCUCUCUCUCUCGCUUCCAUUCAGAAAGGAACAAAUGAAACACUUCUAGCUCUCGCCUUUUCUUUUUUUUUGGCUAAGUAGUUCUCGCUUUCAAUUAGCCUCGGAUCACUCUCUUCGAGCAAGCCUGAUCAACUUCUGCAUCAAGAGUUGGUUACUGAAGCAACCCAUCAUUAUAACUCCAGCUCAUUUGUGCAUCUCCAUUUAUGCUAUACAGCCAGUUCCAAGAGUAGCUCCUUUUAGGUCUCAGCAUCCUUAGUUAUAUUAAGCUCCAACACCACUCUGUUUGGACCCCAACAUUCAUUCACUUCCCACUGCACCAAGUAGCAAAGUUGAUACCUCAUCUCAAAAUACAUCAGCAAAACCUGACUUCCACUAGAAUUACUUGUAGUUCUAUAAAAAACAACAGUAACCUUGCAAGCCAUGCCCUGAUUCUCUUUUCCAAUCCAAUCUCCUAUACAUUCUUCAUCUGCCUUCCUCGGCAAUUCUCACCUUUAAAGGGCGCUUAUCUUACCCCGGAGUUAAGAAAUGGAGAAGGGAACAAGCUGGGACCUCAGUUUGCUGAUCGAGGAGCUAACUCAAGGCGAAGAGCAAGCAGGGCAGCUCGAAGCGCGACUAGACGAGCCUUCCUCUACUGAAUUAUGCAAGUCACUGGCACAACAGAUACGACUCCGCAUCAACAAAGCCAUUUCCAUGGCCAAAUCGAUCAACUCCGAGGGCUCGCAGCAGCCUCCGUGCCCCAAUAACACCAGCUCCGGCUCGCCGCGAUCCGCCAGCGGGAGCCCCCGGAGCGAGAAUUCGGAGAGAGCCUUCAAGGAACACGAGCGGAGGGAGAUGUCCAAGAAGAGAUUCUGUAACGAAAAUUUCAGGAAGACUUUGGCCAAAUGGACGAGCCAAGUGCGCGCUACUGUGGGCGCCAACGCCGAAGGGCCGUUAGAUGAUGGCUUCAGCUGGAGGAAGUACGGGCAGAAGGACAUCCUCGGAGCCAAGCACCCAAGAGGCUACUACCGGUGCACUUACCGCAAAACUCAAGGAUGUCUCGCAACGAAACAAGUGCAGAGAUCAGAUGAGGAUCCAUCCAUCUUUGAUAUCACAUACCGAGGGACACACACAUGCCUCCACAGGCCACGAGUGCACUCAGCAUACUCGGCAUCAGCACCCCAGGCACCAGACAUGCAACAAAACCAACAGAAUCCUCCAGCUGAUCAUGAUCAGCAGCAUCCUCAGCAUGAUCAGCAGUUGCUCGAAAGCUUCCGAACAAGCCUCAAGGUGAAAACUGAAGGCUUGGAAAUGGAGGAUCAAGUACCCACUUCUUCUUCCUUCUCCUUUCCUUCCACACCAGCCAGCAACUUCAAGUCUGAAAACCAAAUCUUCUCCUCGCCUCCGACGCUGGAGAAUAACUACAUGAGCAGCUUCUUCCCUAACUUUUUCUCACCAACAAGCUCUGAAUCAAACUACUUCUCAGUUCCAUGCCAGAUGAGCUGUGAAGGAAGACCAGCUCUGCAUGCUUCAGAAUCCGACCUCACGGAUAUGAUCUCUGCUGCGACUUCAGUGACCAACUCCCCUAUGGUUGACCUUGAUUUCAUGCUGGAACCCCAGAUGGAUAUUGAACCAAAUUUCCCAUUCGAUAAUUCCAACUUUUUCCAAUAAAUUCUAGAAACAGAAUGAUCACAGAAAUGAGUGUCGAGAUGAGCCUGUUAGAAAUCUGACAGAGUAAAGAAACAAAGAUGCAGGCAUGUAUGGAAGUUAGACCACUGGAGGACACCUUAUGUUAAGGCCGCCCCCAGCAGAUGAGAGUUGAUUUUGUUACAGUAUUAUUCUACUACUAAUGUAGUUAGAAUUUCCAGUAUCUCUUUUCUCUUUCUUUUUUCCAGCCAGCCAUUUCAUAGUAGCUGUAAUUGCUCAUUUGUUGAAAUCAAUAAACCAUGUUUCAUGUUUGAUAUAU